AUGGUGGAGGAGUUUAGAGGAGCACAGGAGCGAUUGGCUGUUCAUCACAAUACCAGGUGGGUGCAGAAAUGGGAGCCUCCAGUGGGGUUAAUUUACAAAGUGAAUUUUGACGCAGCGGUUUUUGUGGACUUGGACGCUUCGGGUGUUGGGGUGGUUGUGCGUAACGAUAAGGGAGAAGUUAUGGCUUCUCUAGCUGCCAGAGGACCGCCGGUGCGGGACGGUGAGGAAGCGGAGGCGCUUGCAUGCCGAAGAGCAUUGGAGUUCGCGGUGGAAGCGGGUUUCUCGGAGUUGAUACUGGAAGGGGACAACUUGACGGUCGUGAAGUCUCUCAUCUCUCUAAAGCCUAACAGGUCUCGCUUGGGUCAUAUAUUUGAAGAGAUACAAUGUAUAUCAGCAGGUCUUCGAAGUUUUGCAGUUAGUUCUGUUAAACGCAGAGCUAAUACAGUGGUUCAUGCAUUGGCUAAGCAUGCUAGACUACUUGAUGAUGAACUAGUUUGGCUGGAAGAGUGUCCUCAGCCAGCUUUAGAACCCUUGUACCUUGACUCUCCUGGCCUUAGUUAA